UUUCACAAAUGUGGAUUCUAUGACUAGCGAGAAUAAUGUUUUAUUGUUAUUGUGCAGCUAAUAAUUUCACGAUGUUGUGAGUCUCUAUGAACGUUGUAAUCUUCUGGUCCGUCGUUAGAAGGCAACAGCACCAAGGAUACUAACGUAGUAGUAGUAGCAGUGGUAGCAGUAGUAGUAGUAGUCAUACCAACAGUGUUUUACUUGAAAUUCAAACAACUUAACCUAUCUCAUUGACAAAUUAUUGUCAGGUAAUGUAGUUCGAAAUAUUGUUAACUGUAUGUAUUGUCUAAGAUAACUGCCCAGAGAAAGUACAGUUGUUGAGCCAAAACGACUCGCCAUCAGCCCUACCGUUACAGCAGCGAUACUGUGGAAUGAGGUGAACGGUUGGGUCAAACCUGACCUGCAAUGGAUAGAGAAUGUCCUCAUGGAAGCUCCUCGACCACUCCACCUCGGUCAUAUGACCCCUCUUUUGAGCUAUGGCAAAGCACGCCUGUAAAAAAGGAUAAUGUUGGAGUAUUUCCUGCUGAUAUCAGUAAAGUUUCCAUCCGAUCUAGCAAUGAAGUGGAUGGGAGGGUCAGACCUUACCCUGUAGACAAUCAUUGUCGUACCCAGCUACAGCACAAUCAAAUGUCACCUGUGAGUGACUUGGAGAGCUCCACCAUCCAGAGACAGAGGAGAGAGCUGCAGCUGAUGAUCACUGAGCUAAAGGACCGGGACAGGGAGCUGAACACCAUGGCUGCCUCCCAUCACAAGCAGCUCCACGCCUGGGAACAGGACCGCCAGCGAGUCCUUAGCCUGGAGAGGAGGUGCGCCAGGUCGGACGAAGAGCUCCAGAAGUGUGUGGGGGUGAUCCGGGCCCUCACCAGGCGUGUCCGGGUGGUGGAGGCCAGGGACAAGGACCUCCAGACGGAGCUCAGCACCACCCAGCAGCAGCUUCAGCAGCUGGGACAGGAGCACCAGGACAUGGAGCGAACCUCUAAAGACCUCCAGGAUAAAGACGCCAGCCUGACCUCCACGGUGCUGGCCCUGUCCUCUCAGGUGGGCUCCCUGCAGGUCAGGGAGGUGCAGCUCAGAGCCACGCUCCAACUCAAGGAUAAGGACGUGCGUGAGGCCGCCGCCCACUUGGGGGAGCUGAGGCUCGGCCUGCAGGACGUGGAGGCGUCGCUCGAGGAGAGCCACUCGCGGGCAGACCGGCUCCUGAGGGUGGUGGAGGAGACCAAGCGCCGCUACCGGGCGUACAGGCACGAGAACGCCGCCCUCAGAGAGGACUUGCAGCAGCACGUGACCCAAAGCAGUGCCCAGAGAGAGGAGAUUAUUCGCCUCAAACAGGAGCACCAGAUGCUCUGCAGGGAUCUGGCCUUGUCAGGGGAGGGCGACAGCUGGAAGGAUGAGUUGCUGGCGCUGGCGCGGUCCAAACAGGAACGCACAGAGUCUGAGCUUCACUGCCUAAGACAGGUGUGUGAUAAUCAGCAGAGUGACCUGCAGCUGCUGCAGCUGAACUUGGAGACGGCCCGUGUGACACUGGGAGAGAGGAGCGGUCAGGAGUCUGUUGGCGGCCACGACGAUUCACUGACGUCUUCGCCGAUGCCGAGGAACUGUUGUUUGGCGAACAACACAAAACAGCCUUCUACAGCAGUCGAGCUCCUCUCCCACGCCUCCAACGAUGGAAGGCAUCCGUCCGUGUCCUUCUGUCUGCAGCGGGCUCUGGAUGACUCCCAGAACUCAAUGGCCGGUCUGGUCUGUAGUGUGCUCAAACACAAGGGUUCUAUGAAGAACCAGAACGAUUUAGUCAGCCUGAACCUUAGCCACAACAGUGGCUUGAGUGAGGCCUCACACUGUCCCCACACCAGUCUGAAAUCCUCGUGUUGCAGUAGAACUUCAACAGACAAGGUCACUGAAACCCCACCCAAAGCGUGACUCCAGCAGAGAGCUCAGAGAUCUAGAUUGAAUUCAAGAAGGACAUUCCAAGUAUUAACC